AUGGCGAUAAUCUUCCGAAGGGAAAGGCGGCGCGGAGGCCUCAAAUACAAGGCGCGGAAGCUCUUGGCUACGUGCGUGGGUGGUGUUUUGCUGCUCACGAGUGCACAAGCCGGAGCAGAACCGCCUCAGGACGGGUUUUUGAGGCAGGCAUUGCAAGAGAAUGAGCCGCCAUCCAUCAACCAAAACACUGCUACAUGUACAUUGGCUUCUGGCUCUUCAACUGUCAAACCAACUCCUACCGAGCUAACGUUGUCCGACGAACAGCUCAAGGCUACUCUGCUUUGUACAGGCGAGAACCCAACCAGAGUCCCGAAGGAGCUUGGAAACGUCUGUCAAGAUAUGAGAACCAAAAUUGAGUCUGGAGAAAGCCAGUGCAAGAUAGGAGAGGACGCCUCAAGCUCAGGCUCAGUAAUCACACUCACGGAAUUGCUCGCUGCAGGUAGCAAUGCGACAUGGGAGGAUAACACUUCUACAGAACGAGAAACAAAAAAGUCGUGGACUCUGAGUCUCGUCGAGAACGAUCUUCCUCUGACUGAUAAGUACUUCUACGUCGGGUGUGAGGAUGGUGUUUCUAAUAGGGCCAGAGGCAAUUCGAGUUGCAAGGUACCUGUAAAGAUCUUGGCGAGACGUUCAUCCACUAAAAAGAACGUUGUCACCUGCGCAUACGGGAAGAACAGCAACAAAGCCCCCGUGGAGGUGGAGAUGACACAGGAGCAGAAUACGCUGACGGUCGUGUGUGGGACGGAAGGUACAAUUCACCCGGAAAAGUACUCGAGUGUGUUCUGCGAGAAAGAAGACCAGGAACUGUGCACGAAGUCCUACAGCGAAAUUCUCCCAAAGCUCAACGAAGAGUGGUGGACAGAGGAAACGGACAAGUCCGUUAAGCUGACAAUCCCGUCAACUGAUUUCCCUGCUAAGGAUCAGUCAUUCUACGUCGGCUGCAAUCCAACAGAAGGCAAAUACCGGCAGCCCGCACUGCCAGCCGAAGCAGCGGCAGAGAAUGAAGCGUCGAAUAUUAAGCUGACAAAAUGCCAGGUAUUGGUGACUGUGAAAGCAUCCAGACUACCCUUGUCUGGAGGACAGGGUCGGGGAAUGGCAGCUGCAGCCUCCGGUGCGGCGGUGCUGACCGGGCUCCUUGCAGGCACGUUGUGA